AUGGCUACAAAAGCUCACAGUCUUGCUGUGAGGAUUCUUGAGAAAGCGCAAGAGUUAGGUGAGAUAGGGGCGGGUAUCCAGUUGCCUCCGAAUGCAAUGCGCGUCAUGGACCACUAUGGCCUGAUUUCGGAUCUGGCCGAUGGCGGUGCGACCAAAGUCGCUACUCGUAGUCUGCUAAGGUAUUCUGGUGGAAAUCCGAUCCUCAUCCACCCUGGCGAUGCCUGGUACAACAAGCAUUUCGGGCAGAGCUGGUGCGUAAUGCAUAGGGCUGAUUACCAUAAUGUCCUGUUAAAGGAAGCAAAGAGACUGGGAGCUGUGGUUCAACUAAACUCAGAGGUUGUCGCUGUUGAUAUUGCGAACAGUUCUGUUCUUCUUGCUUCUCAAGAAAGAGUUUACGCCGAUAUAAUAAUUGGUGCAGACGGUUUACGGUCUGUGGUCCGUGAUGAGCUACUCGGAUAUCAUGCAGAAAUUAUUGAGUCUGGAGACCUAGCGUACCGAGCAACCAUUCCAAAGGAACGAGUUAAACAUCUCCAAGACCCUGUCCUUGAGGAACUCUCCGUUCGUGUUUGGCUUGGCCCCCGCCAACACGCAGUUUUAUAUCCCCUACGAAACGGAGCCACGUUCAAUUUGGUCCUUAUUUGCUCUGAUGAUUUGCCCCUUGGUGUCACCAGCGCUGCGGGAAAUGUCCACGAGAUGCGAGAAUUAUUCAAAGACUGGGAUUCCAGGCUCACUGCACUUAUAGCGCAGGUCGAUGAUGCGUUGAAAUGGAAGAUCUGCUAUAUAAAGGAGUUGGAAAAUUGGUGCCAGGGGUCGAUAGCCCUUCUUGGCGAUGCAUGUCAUCCAACCCUCCCAUAUCAAGCGCAAGGGGCUGCGAUGGCCGUAGAAGACGGCGCGGUGUUGGGUGUUCUCCUUGGCAAAUUCUCCAGGAGUCAUCUGAAUAAAGAGAACCCAGAGCAUCGAGCUGCCAAGAUAGCAGAAAUCCUCCAGCUUUAUGAGUCAAUCCGGAAGGAUAAAACCACUCUUAACGUCCAAAGAGCGAUGAAAACCAGAGAACUGUUCCAUCUGGAAGACGGGCCGAAGUGUGACGCCCGGAAUGAGACACUUGCCAAAGUCAAUUGGGACGACGUCGAUGGCAGUAAGGAACAUGGAUGGGGCAGCAUGAUGUACUUGAGACAAAUUUUGGGAAAUAACAGCAUUCAUGAGGCUGAGAAAGCAUUUGAAGAGUGGAUAGGAAAGGAGAAGGAAAGCAGAUGUUCAUAG